ACUGCAUCGGAGCACUUUGGGCCACCGACGUCAGACAAGUGACAUCCCCCAUCUGACCAGUCUGCAUUUCGUUCCGGAUCACGCAUUCUCAACCGACUUGGGCCUUCGUCAGGCCUACAGCCUAUCGCUAGUCCCUGUUGAUCCAGUACUCGCUUCGCCCUUCAUGACGACUGUCUCUGUGCCGCUCGAUCCGAAGGUUGGUUCUGGAGACUCUUCUGCAGACCCAUGUCGUGUGGAAGCGCUUCUUCACAAUAUUCCGCAUCCCGGCAUUCCUCCCAAUUGUGGGUCUGUACCCACCAGAGACUCCAGCCUUCCAUCGAGCCCUCGUCUAAGGAGGUUAUUCAAAGUACCACUCAUGAAUAGGCCAGUAUCUUCUGUAUAUGUGGAGAACAUUGUCAGCAAAUCUCAGUUAAGAUUCUUUCGGCUCUUUUCUCUCAUGAUUUAA